CCAGUCGAAGGCGGAGCCAGGGGGAUGUGGGGCGGGGCCUCCACGAAGGCCCCAGCUCCACUUCCUGAGGCGGGUGAAUAAACAAAAGAGAAAUGAAUGCCAUUUGCAGCUUAAAGAUAGCUGGUAGGAACUGCAUUUUAUUUCGCUUAACUUCUUUGGCCAGUCAGGCAAAGUGCAAUAAUCUUUAUAAGUCUUCAGUUGAAGCUUUGAAUGGACAUCGCCAGAUUCAAAUAAAUCAUAUAGUGGAUAAAUGCCAGCGACUAAAUACAAGCAGCAACACCAGCUAUUAUUUUAUGAUUGGAAGCUCUAACUUCUACAGAAAAUUUAUUAAUAAAAGCCAAAGAUGUUUUUUGAAUGCCAAGAAUAUAAAAGUGUGCACAAACAUACACAAUAGCCGUAGAAGUCCUUGUUUCCUGGCCUCUCAGCCGUUAGUGGAAGAGUUUGCAUUAUUCCGAAGUCUUGCUCCAGUGCAGUCCCCAGAUCGCAUUCCUGCUUGGGAUGUUCAGAUCAUCAGGCUUUUUCACACAUCAUCAUCAUUUCAGGCUGCUCCAGUGCCUCUAUUGUGGAUUAUUCUUAAACCGGCUCAGAAGUUAUUUGCUAUCAUUCUUGGAAGGAGCAUCAGAAAAUGGUGGAGGGCACUGCCUCCUAACAAGCGGGAACUUUUUAAAGAAAGUGCGAGAAAAAACAAAUGGAAGAUAGUUGUGGGUCUGUGUAGCUUGGUGGUUUUAUUUAUUCUAUUUUAUUUUACACACUUGGAGGAAACACCAAUCACUGGGCGUGCUCGACUGUUGGUAUUCGGGAAGGAACAUUUUAGGAUAUUGUCACAGAUGGAGUAUGAUAUGUGGAUGGAACAGUUUAAAAAUCAGAUGUUAGCCGAGACAGACCCUCGCUAUCAGGUAGUGAAAAAAGUUAUUGGUCAUUUAUCUGAAAGCAACCAGGACAUCCCGCAGGUCUCGGAGUUCAAGUGGGCUAUCCAUGUGGUGGAAGAACCAGGCAUAAAUGCUUUUGUACUUCCAAAUGGACAAGUAUUUGUUUUCACUGGUUUGCUAAAUGUGGUGUCAGAUAUUCACCAGCUCUAUUUCAUUUUGGGACAUGAAAUAGCUCAUGCUGUAUUGGGACAUGCAGCAGAGAAAGCCAGUCUGGUACAUUUCUUGGAUUUCCUGUCGCUUAUCUUGCUCACUAUGAUUUGGGCAGUCUGUCCUCGAGAUAGUUUGGCAAUUGUAGGCCAGUUGAUCCAGAGUAAGUUGCAGGAGUUUAUAUUUGAUAGGCCAUAUAACAGGACAUUGGAGGCUGAAGCUGACAAAGUUGGACUUCAGUUUGCUGCAAAGGCUUGUGUGGAUGUAAGAGCAAGCGCUGUGUUUUGGCAGCAGAUGGAAUUAGUAGAGACCAUUCAAGGGCAGCGUAAAUUACCAGAAUGGCUCUCCACACACCCUUCUCAUGAAAACAGAGCUGAACACUUGGACCGGCUUAUACCAGAGGCACUUAAAAUAAGAGAGAGCUGCAAUUGCCCCCCUCUUCCUGGACCAGACCCUCGCCUCAUUUUCAAACGUAGCAUGCAGCAUCUUCUGGAAACAUCUAAGGAUAAAGACAGCCAGAAUGCUACUGAGCAUGAUCUUGCAAAGCCAAAAGUGGACUUUCCUUCUGUUCAAAAGGAGGAAAAGAUUCCAAUAACUCUUGCAGUUAAAAAGGAACCAACGAGCUGAAGGGAAAAACAUUCCCCUGAAAAACUUUACAAACAGUUCACUGAACAGAUUUUUUUUCCCUGCAAGACUUUUGAUCCUUUUGGGAUGAUAAAAUGGACAGACAGCUACAAAUCAUGUUUGUACCUCCAUGGUGCCAAAAAUCUAUUGAGGGGAAACUUGUUUCUCUGUAUCACAACGUAGAUCAAGCCACCAGUAUUCUGUGUUCUCAAACUUCUGGUGGUCUCCCACUCAGUGCAAUGAGGAACUCUCCCCACAUACAGAGAGCGGUGUAUUGGAGUUGAGACUUUUAUUCAAGAAGGGAUGCUAAACGUAAAUCACUUCAGUUGGAGGGCAAAAAUCUCUGUACAAUCCAUUCACACCAUUGGAAAAGAAGCAAUAAAAUGGCCAGUGGGCUGUACAUACAUCCACCUAAUUGGAUGGUUUUCUGCUGGGAUUUUUCUUAUUAAAUAUCUUUUAAA